AUGUUAAAAACAAUUCUUAUCUGUGUCUUAUUAUUAUCAGUAUUUGGGGGUCACGUUAGAAAAACUCAUAAAGACAUCCAAAAUAAAAAAGCUAGAAAGUUUAAUAGUGCUUUUUUCGAAUUCUAAAAUUUAGGAGAAAAAGAUUAUCAUCUUAGUGCUAAAGAAGCAUGUAAACUAAUAGAAAUAUAUUAUAGAACAUUGGGCUCAUAUCACUUCUGAUGUGGAUAGUACUACUAAAGGUCAUAAAUCCUUUAUAGAAUCUAAAUUAGAAUACAUUCCAGGAGUGGUCGGAAAUGUAGUUGAUCUUUCCAAGAAUGUAGGUGUAUAUUCAUAUACUGUUACAGAUUUGAAUGGAAAUAUUUUAGAAACAGAAACUGGAGAUCAUUUAGCCAAUAAAUUGAAUACAGCCUAUCUUGAAAUGACUUCAAAAAUUUAAGAUUCAACAUCUUUAAACCUUUAAGAUAAUAACUAACAAUGAG